AUGGCAUUUGGGGUGGGGGGAGAGGGAGGGGACCGGGAUCUGGGACAGGACGAGCUCCUUGCACAGCACCUUGCACAACCAGACCUUUGCACAGAGGCUUGCACAGCACCAGCAGCUUGCACAGCUCCUUGCACAGCUCCUUGCACGGCACCACACCUUGCACAGCCAGGCCUUUGCACAGCACCUUGCACACCUCUUUGCACAGCCAGACCUUUGCAUGGCACCUUGCACAGCACCUUGCACAACCUGACCUUUGCACAGCACUUUGCACAUCUCCUUGCACAGCAGGACCUUUGCACAGCACCAGCUGCUUGCACAGCAGGGCAUUUGCUGGGCAGCUUGCACAGCACCUUGCACAGGCAGGCCUUUGCACGGCACCUUGCACAGCACCUUGCACAGCUCCUUGCACAGCCAGGCCUUUGCACAGCACCAACUCUUUGCACAGCAGAGCAUUUCCACAGCACCUUGCACAGCACUUUGCACAGCCAGGCCUUUGCACAGCACCUUGCACAGCACCUUGCACAGCAGGACCUUUGCACAGCACCAGCUUCUUGCACAGCAGGGUCUUUGCAAGGCAGUGCUCAGCCCUAUAGGGAAGCUGAGGCAUGGUGCUGCCCCCUCCCACCCCAUAACCUGUUGUCCCCUUUUGCUUUUCAUUGCAGAGUGUUCAAGAAAGCGAGUCCCAACGGGAAGCUCACGGUGUACCUGGGCAAGAGGGACUUUGUGGACCACAUCGACGUGGUGGACCCCGUGGAUGGAGUGGUGCUGGUUGAUCCUGAGUACCUGAAGGAGAGGAAAGUCUUCGUGACGCUGACGUGUGCGUUCCGUUACGGCCGUGAGGACCUGGAUGUGCUGGGCCUGACGUUCCGUAAGGACCUGUUUGUGGCCAAUGCUCAGGCCUUCCCCCCCGUGGCUGAGGACAGAAAGCCCCUCACCCGCCUGCAGGAGCGCCUCAUCAAGAAGCUGGGCGAGCAUGCCUACCCCUUCACCUUCGAGAUCCCCCCCAACCUGCCCUGCUCUGUCACGUUGCAACCCGGCCCCGAAGACACAGGGAAGGCCUGCGGUGUGGACUAUGAGGUCAAAGCUUUCUGUGCGGAGAACCUGGAGGAGAAAAUCCAUAAGAGGAACUCUGUUCGCUUGGUCAUCCGCAAAGUGCAGUACGCCCCGGAGCGCCCCGGCCCCCAACCCAUGGCAGAGACCACCAGGCAGUUCCUCAUGUCAGACAAACCGCUGCACCUGGAGGCGUCCUUGGACAAGGAGAUCUACUACCACGGGGAGCCCAUCAGCGUCAACGUCCACGUCACCAACAACACCAACAAGACAGUGAAGAAGAUCAAAAUCUCAGUCCGCCAGUACGCCGACAUCUGCCUCUUCAACACCGCCCAGUACAAGUGUCCCGUGGCAGUGGAGGACGCCGAUGACAUGGUGGCUCCGAGCUCAACGUUUUGCAAAGUCUACACCCUGACCCCCUUCCUUGCCAACAACCGGGAGAAGCGUGGGCUGGCACUGGAUGGCAAGCUGAAGCAUGAGGACACCAACCUGGCCUCCAGCACGCUGCUGAGGGAUGGAGCCAACAAGGAGAUCCUGGGCAUCAUCGUGUCCUACAAGGUGAAGGUGAAGCUGGUGGUGUCACGAGGAGGCCUGCUGGGAGACCUCGCCUCCAGUGACGUGGCAGUGGAGCUGCCCUUCACCCUGAUGCACCCCAAACCCCGAGAGGAGCCGGCGCAUCGGGACGUUCCAGAGAACGAAGCUCCCAUAGAUACAAACCUGAUAGAGCUUGACACAAAUGACGACGACAUCGUGUUCGAGGACUUCGCCCGGCAGCGGCUUAAGGGGAUGAAGGACGACAAGGAGGAUGAGGAGGAAAGGACCAACUCCCCACAACUCAACGACAGAUAAGCAGACCCUGGAGCUGCCCACCCUGCUCACAUCCAUGCGUUAGAGGCUUCUUCUCUUAUUAUUUUUUUUUUUGUAUGAUGAUGAUUCGUUUUGUUUUCUACCCUACGGAUCACCCGAUCGCCACAGCAGCAAUCAGACCCUGCCAGCUGUGCCCUGUUGUCCCCAUUCAUCCCUUUUGGGGUGGGGUGGGGGACCCAAGGCUCAGCCCAACCCCCAUCAGCCUUCACCCCUCCAUCCCUUUUCCCUUCCUAAAGCUCCGGGCCCUUUCUUGGGAGCUGCUCUUUUAUGCAUUUUGUAUUGUCCACUCUCGAUGCUGGGGAGAGGGGAGGGGAUGCAGCAGAACUUGGGGGGGGGACUUUUUUUAGGCAGCCUGCUCAUGGGAAAGGGCCCCCAUCCAUCCCCCCCUCCUGCUCACCACCUCACUGCAUGAGUCCCCCCUCACCUUGGGAUGCACCAACCUUGGACCCACAGAUGCUGCCUGGGGCUGGGAUCCUAACCCUAAUCCUGUCCAGACCCAAGAUCCCAAAACUCCUACCCCAAAUCCCACGCCUUCUGCCCCAAAUCCCAAAGCUCCCACCCCAGAUUCCAAAGUUCCCACCCCCAAAUCCCAAACCUCCUACCCCAAAUCCCAAAGCUUCCACCCAGAACCUCCUACCCCAAAUCCCAAACCUCCCACCCCAAAACCUCCUACUCCAAAUCCCAAAGCUCCCAUCUCAAAUUUCCCACCCCCAAAUCCUAAACCUCCCACCCAAAUUCCAACCUCCAAAUCCCAAAUCUCCCACCCCCAAAUCUCAAAGUUCCCAUCCCAAAGCUCCCAUCCAAAUUCCAACCUCCAAAUCCCAACCUCUCACUCCAAGCCUUGUACCCCCAAAUUCCAAAGCUCCCACCCCAAAUCCCACAUUUUCCACCCCAUACCUCCUACCCUCAAAUCCAAAACUUCCCAUACAAAUGCCAACCUCCUACCCUAAAUCCCAAACCUCCUACCCCCAAAUUUCAAACAUCUCACCCUAAUGCCAAACCUUCUACCCUAAAUUCCAAAUCUCCCACCCCAAACCUCCUACCCCCAAAUCCCAAAGCUCCCACCCCAAUCCCAAAACAUCCUCCCCCAAAUCCCAAUUCUCCUGUCCCAAACAUCCCAUUUUAAAUCCCAAUCUCCCACCCCCAGAUCCCCAACCUCCCACCCCCAAAUCCCAAACAUCCCACCCCAAACCUCCCACCUGCGUCCCACCCUCCCACCCCAAAUCACAGAACUGUAGGGUUCAGAAGGGACCUAGAGCUGGAUUCCAAAUCCCAAAGCUCCCACCCCAAGCCCUUUUUGCAGCACCCCCUCCCCACCCCCCCAGGGUUUAUCAUUGCUCUGCAUCCAUUUCCACACCCCUGGAACCCCCCCAGCUGCCAGCACUGGGGACCCUACCCCAUGUUUCACCCCAUGCCCCUCCCUCCUGGAUCAGGGUCCACCCACCCCAUAUCCCCCCUGUUGCAGGGACAGCCGGGUCCCCCCAGCCCCUCACUGGGGCCACUGCCACUAUUUAUUGUGUCGCCCUGAGAGCAGAGCCUGGGGACAGCCCUGUGCCCCAACCUAAAGGGGGGUUUUGGGGGGAGGUUCCGAGCUGCCUCCCCUCCCCAUUUCGGGGUCAGGCCGGUGGGCGGCGUGGUACUUCUCUUUUGUAAAGUGGUUUCUUUGUACUGUUCAUUGACACCUGCUUCUUUGGUUCCUCCACCAUCUCUGUGACGUUUCUGUGUCCUGUCAAAUAAAUUAUUCUAGUUUAUUAA